AUGGCCAACCCCAACGACUACGACAGAAGCCAAGCCUACCUGACGCUGGUCAAACUGUCGCCCGAGCGCUCCGUGUACUUUUCGUCCACCAAUGACAAUGAGCUGCAGGCUGAAUUCAGGGUGCACGGAGCCAGGGUGGACGCAGGGCAACACGUGCGAGUGCGUGCUGAAUCAAAUGUGGCUUCUGGACAACGGCUAUCCUUGACAAAGAAGGGAGAUUUCGCCUCGUCUUGCACCUGUACAGGAGGCAUUGCCCAGGGUUGUUCUCGCGCAAGCUUACCCGACCCAAACCUUGAUCUAAAGGGCAGUCCGACGUAUGAGGGAAUCGGACUGAGCUGA